CAAAGGAUGAAGCAUUCAUACUAGCUUUUCAGUUAUGCCUGCACAUGUUUUCUACUCAUGAAAAAACCCACAGCUAGUGCAAAGUAUAGCUGCUGUAGUAGGAUAAGAAUCGGACAAAAUUCGAAAAUAGGAGCAAGAGUUAGGUCUUGGUCAUUGUUAAGUCACAUAUUCAUUCAUCCAUGUCUUUGAAACAGAUAACAUAUAUUGUCGCAGAAACGUUUACAUAAUUAAGAACAAAUUCGUUUAUAUCUAUCAUAUUUUUAGCUCAAGAAUCUCCAUCAAUUAAUUUACUUUAUUGUUUUAAAUUGAAUACCCAAGAAAACAGUCAAUAAGACGUUAGAAAUUUUGUAUUGCGUUAAACACGAUAGCAAAUGAGCGCCUAAAAUCUACGUAGAAAUAGAUGAAACAAAAAAUUUUCCUGUUCGCUUGUAACAAAUAACAGUCGAAGUUAAUUCACAGAUACUCUUUCAACGCUUCUAAACGAACCACUACGUUUCCUGUGAUUAAUCCAAAGUUGAGAUUGGAAAGUUCCACUGAAGGAAAGUUGGAAAUAAUAAUCAAGAGCUCAAACAAAUAUUUGCCGUAUCACAAGAAGAGAUGGGGUUAUGGCAGUCACAACCAGCAGCUAUGCAGUCCUUGGAAGAGGGAAAUUUUAAUAUGAAAAAUGGCGAUUACGAAAGGGCAAUUAAACACUACCAAGAAUGUUUGAAUGUUACAAACGAAAUUAGCGUCGAAAUAAUGGCGUUCUUUGGUCUUGGUAACGCUUAUACUCUCUCUGAUAAAUGGCAGGAAGGAUUAAACUGUUUUAAUGAUUGUUUGAAUCUUUCUUCUAAAGUGGAAAGUAAGUAUUUUCAGCAUGAAGUAUAUCUUGGCCUGGGGAAUAUUCACUCUACCACUAACAGACUGAAGGACGGCAUAAAGAAAGAUGAAAUGGAUUGUCUCUGCCAUAUUGCAUUAGGAGGAUUGAAUAAGUUGCUUGGAAAAUAUGAGAAAUCUCUGGAGCAUUACAAAAAAGGAUUUAAUCUUCUUGAAUGUCAACACCAACAGGAAAUGCAAAAAGAAAAUCAACUAGGAAACCAACAGGUACAACAACAAGAACAAGAACAAAAUAGACCUCGACUAAGACGACAAGAAAAAGUUGGUGGUAUUAACGUUAGUGAAGAUUUCGUUGACCAUUACUUGAAGAAUUUGUCAAUUGUUACUUCUGCUGGAAUUGUAAGUGAAGUGUUAGCUGUUUAUUGGGAAUUAGCUGAAUUGUUUGAUAAACUUGAAAAUUUGGGUGAAGCAACACAUAUUUAUGAAAUUUAUUUGGAGAUUGUUACAAAUGGCGAAGAUAUGGAGAAACAAAAAAAUGCCAUGCAGCGUCUAAUGCAAAUAUACGAAAAGGAAGGCCGUCAUUACUUAAAGGAUUUAAUAGAGCAGAAAGUGCAAGACCUCGAUAGGAAGAAGAAGAAUAAAGAAUUGCAGUUACAAGAAUGGAAAUACCUUGGUGAAUCAACAAAACAUCUAGAAUCAUUCCAAAAACUUAUUGAGUAUGGGCGUGAUCCCAGCAUCAAGGUUGAAUAUGUGGGUGAUAUAUGUGUAAUUUUCUCUGAAGAGUUUUGUAUCGGCAAAGGAAGUGAUGGAACACGUGUUUAUCUUGGACUUGGAAAAGAUGGUUACGGUAAAGCAGUGAAACGAAUACGACGAGAUAACAAUCUUGCUCUGCAAGAAAACACAAUUUUGAAUGAAAGCAAUGCACAGAAGUCGGAGUAUGUUGUAAAUUAUUCUUACUUAGAACAAGAAAGUGGAACAGAAUAUGUAUAUUUAAUACUUGAUCUGUGUGAAGAAUCACUGCGGGAUUUCGUACUGUCAGAAGCAAAUUCUUUGACUUAUAUUCGAAAAACUCUUCCAGAAAUUCUCAGACAAAUUUUAAAAGGAUUAGCUGAUCUUCAUAGUGAGCCACGUCCUAUUCUUCAUCGAGAUUUAAAACCUUCAAAUGUUCUACGAGACGCACAAGGUAAAUUUUUAAUAGCCGACUUUGGUAUUAGUCGAAUAUUGAAGGAUGGCCGUACGACAUAUUCAAGCAUUGCAAAAAGUGGCACUGAGUAUUGGAUUGCUCCUGAAUCAUAUUGUAUGAAGGGUCAGUCGAAAAAAAAAGCUCGUUUCAAAAGACAGUCAGAUGUAAUGAAUGCAGGAAUGGUGGCUUAUUAUGUUGCAACAAAAGGAAAACAUCCUUUUGGUCUUCCAGAGUAUAGACUGAAAAACUUGUUAGAUGGAAACCCUGUUGGCUUAGAGGAAAUCGACGAUGUUGAACUUAAAGAUCUACUUUCAUGGAUGCUACAACUUGUACCUGAACUCAGACCAUCUGCUCGCGAGGCGUUAAAACACCCUUAUCUACAAUCCUAUGAGAAGAACUUUGAUAUGCUGUGUGAUGUGGCAAACUAACC